UCUUCAUGCAAUCGAAGUCACGUGAAUGUCUAACCUCUCCCUCCCCUUAAAAGGGUUUCCCUCUUCUCUUCAUUAGGACCUUUUCAGAUCAUGAUCAUCUUCAUUCUUCACCUCCACAAAACUAUUAUUCAUCAUCUCUCUAUCCCUUCUCUGAUCAUCAAGCCACAAGAUCAAGAACAAUCAAAACCCUAGCUUUUGAUUAAUUCUUGAUCAUCUUCCUAUUCAAUUACAAUUGAUCAUGGCUAGCUCCAUGAAUCCAAACUUCAUAAAUCUAUCACUUUCUCUAUUACCCCAUGAUCAACACCAGCAACAACUUCAACUCUCCCUUGGACAAGAUUCAUCUUCCUCUUCAUCUUCCCUUUCACUUCAACCUUAUGUCAACGUUCCACUUCAAGAAUUUCAUCAAGAAGCUUAUAAUCCCCUAUUGCAAGACCCAAAAGAGCUAGAUAGUUUGGUGUCACUUGGUCCAUCAAUUGAAGAUCGUCCGGUAGUUGUUGAAAACGAGGCUCAUCGUGGGUUAAAAAUUUCUUUGUGGAAGAGAGGAGAUAAAGAUGACCAUGGAUCACCUAAAUGGGUACCUUCCAAGAUAAGGUUGAUGGGAAGGAUGGUGGGCUCAAACCGAACCGAAUCACAAAGUGGAAAAAACGUUGCUAAAGCGAAGCUUAUCGAGGGCGAUCAGAAGAGACGAUCCUCUAACUCUAUUGAAAAUGAUCAUAGCUUGAUCAACAACAACAUAACCACGCCGAUUAGGGUUUGUGCUGAUUGCAAUACCACCAAGACCCCUCUUUGGAGAAGUGGACCUAGAGGUCCUAAGUCUCUUUGUAAUGCGUGUGGGAUCAGACAAAGGAAGGCAAGGAGGGCAAUGGCAGCCGCCGCAGCAGCAGCAACAACUGCAAAUUGUGCGAGCUUAGAGGUUGCUAAUUCUUCGGUGAAGAUAAAGAAACCACAAAACAAAGAGAAGAGGUCAAAAGAUGUCCAUAUCUUGCCAUACAAGAAAAGGUGUACUAGAAUCGUGUCGUCUCCAACCGACGAGGAUUGUGUUGAUGAUCAAGAUGACCAUGGGCAUGGGGAAAUUAAGAAUCCUUGUUUUGAAGAUUUCUACAUCAAUCUUAGCAAGAACUUGGCUUUUCAUAGAGUGUUUCCACAAGAUGAGAAGGAGGCUGCUAUCUUGCUUAUGGCACUAUCUUGUGGCCUAGUUCAUGGUUGAACAAUAAUCUCACCCUACUAUUUUGUGGCAUGUACUAAUAAGUAGUUUUCUUCAUCAAUAUAGUGAGAAAUUGAAUUGUGUGAGAGUCUAUCUAAAUCUAGAAGAUAUAGGAAUAAAGUGUAGGCAAGUGUGGUAGCUAGCUAGCUAGUAUUUGGUUUUUGUGUGUGACUUGUGGAAAGGAUGAGCAAGUGGUGGUUAAAACUAGGACUCAUUCCACCAUAUCUUCAUUAAUCUUUUUCUCAUGCAUUUAGUUCUCAUGAUAAAAAAUUUCAAAAAACUUUAUCUU